CCCGCCCACACCAGAACAGGUUUGUUCAGGUGUGUGAGCACGGCUGUCAUUUUCCAGCUGACAGCUUAGUAAGGACCAUUAAGUGGAUCCUUUUCCAAUAUGACCGAGCUGAGUCAGCCGUCCCAACCGCGGAAUAAUAUCUGGUUUGUCUCUUCCCAAGCCAGUUGGAUUCAAAACGGAUUUGUCCCUGAAUGGUUCCAUGGCAGAAUUAGCAGGAAGGUUGCGGAAGAACAUCUGAUGUCCAAGCCUCCAGGCUCCUUCCUGAUCAGAGUGAGCGAGAGCAGAGUUGGCUACACGCUCUCAUAUCGUGCCGUGGGCUGCUUCAGACAUUUCAUGAUUGAUGACAUGAAGGAUGGCUCUUGUGCCAUUGUGGGCGAGAGAUUGCAUCACCCCGGUCUGCAACAACUGGUGGACUUUCACCAAACGGUCCCCAUCGCGGCCCACAAUGAGGUGCUGACUCUCUCUUGUGGAAAGACCUCAGUUGCCGGGAACAAAUACAGUGGGAUAAGUGCUGUGGAUUCUAACAAGAGGCACAUAAUAGCAAAAGAACUCGGACCUAAUCAUCAAAAUAACAAUGAAGACCUCAGCAAUACACAUCCAGCCAUGCCCGUUCCAAAGAGCAGGAAGAGAUACAUCACUGACAUUACUCUUCCCGUCAAACCUCUCGAGACUCCUCCUGAGAGUUUGCUCACCCCUCCCAAGACGCAGGUGGCCCCCCCUCCUACCAGUGGCCAUGAGAAUGAGACAAACACUAAGAGGAACACCCCUGGCAAGACUGACGAUCUGCAGGAGAUGAGCUGGGAAGAACUCUUCGACGCCGCACUCUCCGCUUACAAUGACGAGGGCGAGAUGCUACCAAAGGAGUACUCGCCACCUCCUCCUUUCGCGCCCGGUUACCAAACAGAAGAAGCAUGAAGGAGAAAACACACCAAUGGGAUUGUUUACUGGAUUGGAGCUCACCCACUAAUAGAGGCAAAACCCUACUAAUGUGAAUGCACAAAAAAAAACAAAAAAAAAAAAAACACACUGAGAAUUUCCAUUUCAUGUCAAAUUGGCAUUCACUGAACUUGCAUUAGCUGCUAUGCUUGAAUGAUUCGAUCUCGGGUGGCUGUAUUCAGUAACACAAUAAUAAUAUACAUCAUAUGUUGUGAUUUAUAAUCACCACACAGGCACUAUAGAUACUAAAUGCGAGAAGCAAGUGCUUUACAAUUGCAGGGAAGCACUGUAAAGCCAAUAGUUUUACUUUCUAACACAGAUGUCCUAAUCAAGCAAUGUUACAUUUUAUAAUCAGUACAUUUUGCAGGUGUGUAUGUGAUGUAACAGUCAAGUUGUUACUACUCCUUUUUUUCAUCUGAUUAAAACAUUAAUAUUUACAUGAGGUAUGGGCUCGUUCUAGUGCUACGACAAAGACUCCCUGCCUAAGUACAGUUCAGUUGACUUUAACUUUUAGGAUCGGUACGUUUGUAUUUAAUCUUUAAGAUCUUUUUGUUUUUUGACAUUUAUGUAGGUACGAUAAAAUUUUUAUUUGCUUUACAUUUUAAUUGAAUCAUUAUUUAAAGGUAGAGUAUGCAGUUUUCACACUGCUAGCAAGAUUUGAACAUAGUCUCACAUCACUGCUUGGGCCUCCCCUCGCCCUUGCAUGUAUCACUAAAGCCACGCCCCUCACUACGGUGCACAUGGACAUUACACAUGUUUAUCUUUAUUUUGUCUUGGGAUCUGUCCAAAUUCUUCUUUUGAAAUUUUGUUGCUAACAGGGGGAAUAAAUCUGUCAAAAAAAAAAAAAAAAAAAA